ACCCAGAUUUUUCUGAUUUGUUAUGUUAUGAUUUUUCGUUUAAUUUUUGCAUCCACAUUUAAACUGCUUUCGAUAGGUCAUUUCUCUGUUUUCUUGUCAAAAAAGUUACAUGUGAAAGCAAUAACAAAGUUAUCGAGUUGAAAUGAAGCUAGUAUGAGGAUACCUCCAUGAAAUGGUAUCAGAGAACAUAAAACAAUGAGUAGUUGCAAAUCUCGAUUGGACGGCUAACACAUUUGAAGGGAAUUCACCAUAUUCGCUGCUAUUUAGCAGAAAUUUGUAGAAAAACGAUUGUUUACAUAGUUGAUUUUAAGUUAUAGCUGUACUUAUAGCUGGAUCAGUGAAUUCCGCUCCUCCUUUCCUCAGUUGCUGUCCGUAGCGAGCAAAAUGUGUCAAAAGUUGAGCCCGUAUAAAUCAGCCAUCUUUGUGUGUUUUCAUUUGAACAAUGUUGCCAUUGCUCAAUACGCAUACAUAUGCACAUAUGUACAUAGUUUUUUACACAUCGAAGUUUUCAAUUACAAUUUUAUAAAAUAUCAGAACUGAAAACAAACUAUUAAAAAUAGUUUAUAUAUUUAUAAAUAAGAACAUUCGACAAUGAUUUGAAGUUAUUUUAAGAAAAUUUCAAACAUAUUGAAAACAAUUUUUAUAACUACUACAGUAUAUCGAAACGUGAACCCUGCGUUGUGAGAGAGCAAUCAGCUGACACGUUUCUACGGGAAAAAUCCAAAUGCCGUGGAAAUCUACGAUAUCCUACGGUAAAGUGGGCUCAUAAGAUAGGCCGUAUCAGCGGGCUGCGGCUGUGCGAAAUUCGUUGAUUGUGCUCUUAGUAACUCAGUUAUAGAAAUUUAACUUCAGUAUAGCGCAUGAAACCGAAACCACUGUCUUUGAUUGUAUCGAAAGCUCACGAUAUCGUCGUUUAUUCGGAGAAUUUAUCUUUUCUUUUGGAUUUUUAAGGAGAGUCUUUCAGAGUUGACAAAACAGUUGAAGUGUUUCAACAAGCACAACAAGAACAAAAAGCGAGCAGCGAUGAUAAGUCACACAGCAAAAUUCAAAAGAUUUCUAUGUCAUGCCCUGCUUUCGGUAAAGAUAUGUAUUCAGUGUAGAGCAUAAGUCUUGGUAUCCUUCCAUUACUCAGUUUAUUAUUAAAAUAUUUGCGAUAAUUUCAAAUAGUUAGUUUGAGAAACUUUGGCAAUAAUUUAAUAAUCCACAUUGUGAUCCCUCGUAAUCGAAAGAAAAUAGCAAAAUUUUGCUGCUGGAUUAAAUUCGGCGUUAUAGGGUGAUAGUGAAGGUUCUGCUGAGUAUCAGCACGCAGUUUUAUGCCGCAUACGUAUGCAUGGGUUUUGAGAUAUUUAAAGUUGAACAUUUUCAAAAACAAUAAAUGAAAUUUCUCUAUGCUUAACAUACAUACAUACCUAUAUAUUAUAUUUAUAAAACUAUAACUGUAUCAAUCUAGAAUGAAAUAUUAGGUUGUCAAAUAUCUCCCUUCUGAUUUUUCGCCUGUUAUUCAUUGCUUCAUAAAAAGUGUUACAGUUCAAAUAUGCGCCGUUUCGUUCGAUAAUCUGUUUCCAUCUAGACAGCAACUUCAUAAUACUCGUACUUCCCUCGUAGAAGCCCCACUCCUUAUUUGCGAAGAACUUCACAAGCCUCUUUUUAGUUCAACCUUACACCAACAAGGGCGUUCGCCAUGGACAGGAACAAGUGGUAAUCACUUGGCGCUAUGUAAGGGUUAUAUGGUGGACGCGUUAAAACCUCCCGUCUCCGACGAGUCAUCAACGAAGUGUGUGGUCUGGCAUUGUCCUUGUCUAGACGCUACCGGUCGAUCACCUGCUUCAAGCAGUCCAGUUGUUCGUAGUGGAUGGUAGAAUUAAGCGUCUGGCCAUAUGAGAGCAGCUCAUAGUAGAUGAUUCCCUUCCAAUCCCACCAAACAUACAGCAAAACCUUCCUGGCCGUCAAUCCCGACUUGGCCACUGUUUGGGACUAUUCACCGCCUUCGACCACGAUCGUUUCCGCUUGAUAUUGUAAUAUGUGAUCCAUUUUUCGUCCGCUUCAAAAAUGGGUCGAGUUCAUUCCGUUUCAACAGCAUAUCGCAGGCUUUGACCCUAACAUCAAGCUUUUUCGUGUAUCCAGCCUUCUGUAGAUGAUUUAAAAUGGUUUGGUGACCAACUUCAAUCUUCUGGGUGAUGUCACGAGAUGUUACAUGCCGGUCUGACUCGAUGUUUUCCAUGAUUUGAUCGGUAUUGCCAGAUACGAGCUCUGUAGCACAUUCAAAAAGACAAAAGGGCAGAAGGGAGAUAUUCGACAACCCAAUAUGUCCAAAUGGUACUUUCAUUAAUGUCGUUAAGAUUGUAGUAACUCGAAUCCGAUUCUUCUUGAGUAAGUUUACUCAUAAAAUAAUCGAUUUUUGAGAGUCGUCCUUUGUUUUCAGAAAUCGGUCGAAAAACGAAUCUUGAUAUUCGAUUUUACAGUUAAUUGACUAAUUUUGAUGUUCAGCAUACUAGCACAAUAUACCUCACAAUCAAAAAACCAAUAUACUAAAUCCAACUAAAAAUUAAUUGAUUAAUUCUAUUAAAUUUUAUUUCUUGUCAAUUAAAUUUAUUAAAACGGUAGCGCCUUGGGAAAUUAUUUAAGAUUGGGUCUAAUGUCCAGUGUGACGAAUGUGAAAACAACUGAAAUAUAAUAAUUGUCUAAUCAGCUUACUAAUUAAACACUAAUAAAUUGAGUUAAGUGUUGUGUUUAGGAUUUGGGAGUUAUUCGAUGAAAAAAGGAGGGAAAGUGUAAAAGGAUCGCAAUCAUGUUUGGCAUCAUAUUAUUUCUAUAUUAUAGAUCAAAGACUCACUAAAUUUCAGUACUAAAACUCAAAUUAAAUAUAUAUAAAAGUAAAAUAACUAGUAAUGGCCACGAGUUGUACGCAAGGACCAACCCUUCAGAGUAAUUCGACUCAGGCGAACCGUUUCAUGGAGAAAUUAAUGGCGAAAAUAUUUUGCUUUUACGACGAACAGUCUCUAAUCGAUGUGACAUUUAAAAUUUCGAACUCAACGGCUGUUAUACCCGCGCAUCGCUUGAUACUCGCAGCAGCGAGUCCUUACUUUGAGAACCUUUUCAAUGGCGAGCAAGGCAAUAAUCCCGUCAUCGAAAUAAAUGAUAUCGAUAGCGACAUUUUUGAGCGUUUAAUAGCGUUUUGUUACACUGGCCAGACGCUCAUUACCGUUAACAAUGUCGGUGCUAUGGUAAAGGCGGCAAUCGUUUUGCAGUUGGACGAUGCCUUAGCCAGUUGUGUCGACUACCUUAUGAUACAUAUUGGUGAAUACACAUUACAGGGUGCUCACACGCUAGAGCGUGAAACGCAGUGUGAGCUUCUUAAGCAGAAAAUCGUCGAAUACGAAAUACAGAAUUUUAUGGAGAUCAGCCAAAGCAAUGAGUUUUUGAAUUUCGAUGUGGAAAGAAUGCAACGUCUUCUGGAAUCUGACAAUUUGAAUAUAGCCCAUGAGGAAGAUGCCUUCGAUGCCAUAAAACGCUGGUUCAAUUACGAUAUUCCAGCGCGUCAAGAGCAACUGCCACUUUUAAUAGGUUGUCUCCGGCUUAUCCAAUUCGAUGAUGACUUUCUGUUCACACACAUACAGCCACUGCCUGGCUGUGAGUUGCUGGCCUUCAAGGCGUUAUUGUGGAUCAGUAAGCCUGAAGUACGAACAAAGAUAAAUAUGCGAUUUACAGAACCACGUGGAAUCAGUGGUACAAAUUGUGGUGAGAAAACAAUCCUAGCGGUUUUCUCAUGGACGGAUCCCAAACUGCUGCAAUAUAACAAAGCUGAAGAUAAAUGGCAAGAAUUUGCGAGUAUAAAUUACGACUACCGAUGGUAUAGAACUAUUUUAAGGGAUGAUAAUUUAUUAUUUAUUGGCGGUAAUAAAAAUGAUGAACCAAUCAACACCGUCCGCAGCUGGAAUAUACGGAAUAAGACAUGGCAAAAUUUGCCCGUCAUGAACCAAGCAAGAGAUGAACACUGCGUUGUCGAAUUAGAUGGUAAAAUCUACGCGAUUGGUGGUCAUGAUGGUAAAAAUACUAUGUCGUCGAUGGAAAGAUAUACAACUUCUGAUGGUUGGAAGUUCAUGAACAGCUUAAUUGUUGGACGAUUUCGGGCCAGUGCAGUGACUUUGAAUAGUAAAAUAUACAUAAUGGGCGGUUUUAAUGGCGGUAACUACGUAAAAUCUUUCGAAUGCUACGACCCGGAUUCGAAUAUUUGGACUUCUUGCGGGAAAAUGAAGGGAUGUCACGUUAAUUCUGAAACAGUUGCACAUAAUGGUCACAUUUAUGUUUUAAGCAAUAAAGGCGAUAACUGCAUUGUUGAACGUUACAAUCCUCAGGAAGACACAUGGUCUAAGAUUUGCUCUUUGGAAGUUGGCGGUGGUUUUAUAACUAGCGUAUCGCUAGAGAAUAAACUAUGGGUUAUAGGGGGCAUCUCUGCUGGCAAGACUCGUGUAAUAGUCUAUGAUGAGGUAAAUGACAGUUGGGAACAAAAGCGCUCAUUACCUGAAAAAGAUAUUACUUCCUGUUUUGUUGUGCCUGCAGCCUUACUGACGUCGAAAUGAAUAAACAAUAUUAAUAAAUAUGUUUUUGUAAUAAAUUCUUCUAAUAAAUACCAAAA